AUGGCUGCCAUCAACAAGAUCGCCGUCAACUCGCCAUCGAGGCAGAACCCCUCCGAGCUGGAGACCGCGAUCGCGGGUGCUCUUUACGACUUGGAGAGCAACACACAGGACCUGAAGGCCACUCUCCGGCCCCUUCAGUUCGUGUCUGCUCGUGAGGUCGAAGUCGGCCACGGCAAGAAGGCUGUCAUUGUCUUCGUCCCCGUUCCUCUCCUCCAGAGCUUCCACAAGAUCCAGCAGCGCCUGACCCGCGAGCUUGAGAAGAAGUUCUCCGACCGCCACGUCCUCUUCGUUGCUCAGCGCCGCAUCCUUCCUAAGCCCAAGCGCUCCGUCAACUCCCGCACCAACCAGAAGCAGAAGCGCCCCCGUUCCCGCACCCUGACGGCCGUCCACGAUGCUAUCCUUGACGACCUCGUCUACCCCGUUGAGAUCGUCGGCAAGCGUACCCGCACCAAGGAGGACGGCAGCAAGACGCUCAAGAUCAUCCUCGACGAGAAGGAGCGCGGCGGCGUUGACCACCGCCUUGACGCCUACGGCGAGGUCUACCGUCGUUUGACUGGUCGUGCUGUUGUUUUCGAGUUUCCUCAGGGUGCUGCCGCUAGCGAAUUCUAA